GGGAGGGAAGGAGAGAGAGAGGGGAGGGCGGCACCGCCCCUAGCCCCGCGCUCCGGAAGUGAAGCGGCCAGACCACCAGCUAAUGGAUGCGGAGCGGAGGGCCUGCUGACCGCUCUCCGCGCCUGGGGCAGCUUGGCUUGGCUGGAGCUAAGAGCCAGACACACCAUUGUGUGGAGGUGGGUGACGUCUUCCUGUGCUAAAAGGGUUCCAAGCCACCCUGCUGGGAGGCUUCUCUCCAAGAAUUCUGGGUACCAGAGUGGAAGGCAUUUUCCCACCAACUGGAGAGAGACGAAACAUCGGAGACCAGGAGGCUGUGGAGAAAGCAGUUGACCCAGGUGCCUCAACUAUCCCAGAAGGGUCAGCGCCACGUGGCUGCCAGCAUCUUUGAGAAAAUCAUCCGCAACCAAACUUCAGAGCUGCGGACAGAGGUGUGGUUAGAACUGAGAUACAACCUGCCCACCUGGGUCAGGUCUAAAGACAAGAAGUCCUGAGUUCUUGCCACUGAGGAGGCCAGGGUCAUUUGUCCAGAAAACUUUGAGACUGUCUUUGAGUGACCUAGUCUGGGACCCAUUCACUGGUGGGUUCUAAGGUUAGACGCUCAUUCAGGAUAUUUUCAAUACUAAGUCAGUGCAUAGCUGCCCCACUAACAAAUUGGUGACUGUAGAGUCAGAGCGGGUCAGUUCUUGGGACAAUGGCGCUGGCGCUGUUAGAGGACUGGUGCAGGAUAAUGAGUGUGGAUGAGCAGAAGUCACUGAUGGUUACGGGGAUACCGGUGGACUAUGAGGAGGCUGAGAUUCAGGAGGUCCUUCAGGAGACUUUAAAGUCUCUGGGCAGUUAUAGACUGCUUGGCAAGAUAUUCCGGAAGCAGGAGAAUGCCAAUGCUGUCUUACUAGAGCUUCUGGAAGAUACUGAUGUCUCGGCCAUUCCCAGUGAGGUCCAGGGAAAGGGGGGUGUCUGGAAGGUGGUCUUUAAGACCCCUAAUCAGGACACUGAGUUUCUGGAAAGACUGAACCUCUUUCUAGAAAAAGAGGGGCAGACGGUCUCAGGUAUGUUUCGAGCCCUGGGGCACGAGGGCAUGUCUCCAGCCACAGUGCCCUGCAUCUCACCAGAAUUACUGGCCCAUUUGUUGGGACAGGCAAUGGCACAUGCGCCUCAGCCCCUGCUACCUAUGAGAUACCGGAAACUGCGAGUGUUCUCUGGGAGUGCUGUCCCAGCCCCAGAGGAAGAGCCCUUUGAGGUCUGGUUGGAACAGGCCACGGAGAUAGUCAAAGAGUGGCCAGUAACAGAGGCAGAAAAGAAAAGGUGGCUGGCAGAAAGCCUGCGGGGCCCUGCCCUGGACCUCAUGCACAUAGUGCAGGCAGACAACCCGUCCAUCAGUGUAGAAGAGUGUUUGGAGGCCUUUAAGCAGGUGUUUGGGAGCCUAGAGAGCCGCAGGACAGCCCAGGUGAGGUAUCUGAAGACCUAUCAGGAGGAAGGAGAGAAGGUCUCAGCCUAUGUGUUACGGUUAGAAACCCUGCUCCGAAGAGCCGUGGAGAAACGCGCCAUCCCUCGGCGUAUUGCGGACCAGGUCCGCCUGGAGCAGGUCAUGGCUGGGGCCACUCUUAACCAGAUGCUGUGGUGCCGGCUUAGGGAGCUGAAGGAUCAGGGCCCGCCCCCCAACUUCCUUGAGCUAAUGAAGGUAAUACGGGAAGAAGAGGAGGAAGAGGCCUCCUUUGAGAAUGAGAGUAUCGAAGAGCCAGAGGAAGGAGAUGGCUAUGGCGGCUGGAAUCAUGAAGGGGACGACUGAAAACCACCUGGGGGCAGGACCCAUAGCCAGUGGGCCUAGGGACAUUCACUUUACUAGGCUAAGACCUUUAAAUUUUUUUUUUUUUAAUGUUUGGGACUAAAAUCAAAGCAUGACAGCCAAUUAUUGACCUUCCUUUCCUUCCUUCCUUCCUUCGUUCCUUCCUUCCUUCCUUCCUCCCUCCCUCCCUUCCUUCCCUGCCUCCCUCCCUCCCUCCCUCCCUCUCUCCUUCUCUCCUCUCCUUCUCUCCUUCCUUCCUUCCUUCCUUCCUUCCUUCCUUCCUUCCUUCCUUCCUGCCUUCCUUCCUAUUUUUCUUUUUCUCUUUCUUCUUUAUUUCGUGGGUCUCACUCUCAUCACCCAGGCUGGAGUGCAGUGGCUCACUGCAGCCUUGACUUCCCAGGCUCAGGCUCAGGUGAUCCUCACACCUUAGCCUCCCAAGUACCUGGGACUACAGGCAUGGACCACCACGCCUAGCUAUUCUUUUGUUUCUUGGUAGAGACAGGGUUUUGUGUUGCUCAGGCUGGUCUGGAACUCCUAGGCUCAAAUGAUGUGCCCAACUCGGCCUCCCGAAGUGCUGGGAUUAUAGGCAUGAACCACCAUGCCUGGCCCUUGAUUUUUCUUUUUAAGAAAAAAUAUCUAGGAGUUUCUUAGACCCUUUGUAGAUUAUUAAUGAACAAAAGAUUAAACUCCAAAUAUUAGAUAGUAAGCCUGAAGGAAUCUGAAACACUUGUACUUCCAAUUUUCUUUACAUAAUCCCAAGUAGACCAGAAUUGGCCCAUACCAUAGAAGAAAGAAUUGGCAGUCAAAAAAAAAAAAAAUGCCUUUUGUAAUAUGUUUGAAAAAUAAAGCUGUUUGACUUGUCAGGUGUUUCGCUUCCUUAAAUCAGCAAAUUCUCCCUGAGUACCUGGCUUUGUGAGACACAGUUCAAGGAGUUACAAGACUACAGCUAUAACCUACAGUUGAGCAGUUAUAAACCAACAAAAUGGGCCCUGCCCUCAGACAGGUUCCAGUCUAGAUGAGGAGAUGAUCUAGACAGGUAAAAGGCUAACUAAUCCUUUGUGUGAAUUAAGUUCAUCACCCCAAUAAAAGUGUCAUCACCCAGUGAAUAGGACCAUCUCCGCUUGCAGGUUUUUGUUGAUAUUGUCGUUAUUGUGUUGUUUUAACCUGGGAAGUGUUCUUCCUGCCUUUCUGCUAGGUGUCAGAUAGAUGGUCCCAGAACUAGGUGCUGUGUCGGGCCCUGAAGACACAGAUGACUCAAUCUAAGCUCUGCUUUCAAGAGGUCCACAGCCUGAGAGGUGUCCCCAGAGAAAGGGGGACAUAAGGGGACAGCAUGCUCAAGAGCAGAGGUGUUUAGGGCAGGUUUGGAUUUAGUGAGCAGGCUGGUUUGCUUACAGAAGAUUUUUAGUGGCAACAGAGGACAAAGAGGAGAGAAAAGGAACUCACAUUUAUUGAGGGCCUACUGUGUGCAAGGUGUUUCAUGUAUAUCUCACUGAAUGUAUACAGCCACCCUGUUGUGGUAUAAUUUUGCUCUUUAUAAAGAGAAAGAAACGGAAGCUCAGAUGGGUUAAGUGGUCUCCUCAACACCAAAAUGCUAAGAAGUAAUGGAGCCUAGACAGAAACCCAGAACUUUGACUCACACUAGUCCACCCUCCACCAUCUUGAUGACUUUCACAUUGUGCUCUGCAGUUCUGCAGAGAUUUUCCAGUAGUUCCAUCUCCAAAAUGUAUUUUAAACUCUUUAUUUUUUUUUUAAUUGUUAUUAUUAUUAUUUUGAGACUGAGUCUUGCUCUAUCGCCCAGGCUGGAGUACAGUGGCACAAUCUCAGCUCACUGAAACCUCUGCCUCCCAGGUUCAAGUGAUUCUCAUGCCUCAGCCUCCCAAGUAGCUGGGAUUACAGGCGCCUGCCACCAUGCCCGACUAAUUUUUGUAUUUUUAGUAGAAACGGGGUUUCGCCAUGUUGGCCAGGCUGGUCUCAAACUCCUGACCUCAAGUGAUCCGCUCACCUCAGCCUCCCAAAGUGCUGGGAUUACAGGUGUGAGCCACCACGCCCGGCCUAAACUCUUUAAAUCUCUAGUAAAUAACAGCUAGAUUCAAAUGGGCUGAUAACCAAAUUUUAACACAGAAGCAUUCACCACCAGGUUUGCGUUUAUUUCCAGAUGGGCUCAUUUUGUGUAGCCCUUAGAGCAAAGUUUCCUUUAUGGUGUCUGUGUACGUAUCUGAACUUUUAAUUGUUCAUAGAUUUUAAAAGCGGUAGUACCACAUGGCUGUUUAGAUCAGACCUGUGUAUUUAGGUCAGACCUGUGUAUCACAUAAGUGUGUGAGUGCAGUGCAGAUGAGCACCAUUUAGUUAUAUGUGCUAGGCAAAGCUCCAACACAGUUGAUGUGUAGUCUCGUGGUAGAUUUGUGCAUACUGUAAGCAAAUUGCUUAGCUUCUCUAGACAUCAGUUUCCACAUCUGAAAAAUAAGAAGAUGAGAGUACACGGUUGUUAUGAACAAAUGACUUAAUGCUUUUAAAGCACGUUGCAUGACAUCUGGAACAUGGAAAGCCCUCAAUACAUUGAAGCGCUUAGGAUUUUCAUGAUGUUGCUGUCUGCUCAAUUCAAUGCAUGCUUUCUUUAUUGUCCUGACAGUUGUGCGGUCACAAGUUAAUAUGCUUCCAGUUGACUUCCAGUCUACCGUGGUGUUAGAAACCGUUUCAGCUCUUAUUGUAAAUUUGAGUGCUUGUUGUUUUUUAUAUUUGUGAUGACUCUUCCAGCAGUUGUUGACAAUUGUGAGAGGUUUGACUUUUAAAUAAUUACUUAUUUUUUCUGAUUGUGGUUCAGUUUAACUGAAGAAUAGCCUGAGAUUGUAAGAAAAGCAUUUUUUUAAAGGUAUCACUUGUGAUCAUUUAUCUUUCUAAAUUAUAUUUUUAAUACUGUUCGACCAAAGUGAUGCGGUGGUUACCAUGACUCCCUAAUUUCAUGUGCUUUUGUAUUUAUGAAAAUGGUUUCAUUGUCAUUUAUUGACAGUAUACAAAGUAAAAUGUUAUAAAUGUGAAGUUAUAAAAUAAAUGUAUGCUAAUAAAAUCCUAAGUUUUUCUGA